AUGUUGAGCGAAACGGAGAGGGAGGUGGGUGGAAGAUCGAGAGACGCGAAGAAAAGAGAGCGACGAGAGUGUGCUGAGGAUAAGGAGGGGCUGCAGAGAAAGUGCAAGGGGACUGCCCACUAUUCGGCCAUCACACGCAACAUCAUACAGCCACAGGCUGGUGUUCCUCCGUCUCCGUUCCAGAUUCUGGCCGCCGGCGUUCCCGCGGGCGACCUUACUGUAUUUCACCCAGGGCUCACCAGCACCUGA